AGCCGAUUCCUACAGCCCUAUCAUUGAAGGGGUAUAUCCUCUUAGUAAGGAAUCCUCAGUAGAGUCUGGUCAUUCCGCUGGCUUGGUAUUGCGCAUCGUUGUCUAAGCCCAGCAACGCACUUCUAGCUCCACACUCCCCUUUAAUAUCAUGGCCAGCGUUUCCUGGAGGCCUGUGGAAGGGCCGCUCGUAAAGGAGCUGAAGAAAAACCUGUCGAAGAGCUGCAGGGAUUUAGUGGAGGUCCAUCCAGGCCGCCUGGUGGUCUAUAUCUACCACAAAGAUUGGUACCAGCGCCAGCUGGAUUUCUCCGUCAAGAAAGAUGACGUGUGGGUGAUCACCUACCCCAAGUCAGGGACUACAUGGAUGCAGGAGAUGACAUGGUGUGUGGUGAUGGGCAUCCACCACCAGCAGACCUCCCUCCCCCUCAUGAAGAGGUUCCCAUUCUUUGAGUGGGAUUCCAUGAUAGCCCCUGACUUUAUGGACGAAAAACUUUGUGCUGAUGACCCUUGCCUGCCAGGAAACACAUGGAAAAUUAUGGCCAACAUGUCCUCCCCACGAACCAUCAAGAGCCACCUGCAAGUGCCUCUGCUGCCCAAGCAAAUGUGGGAGGUCAAGCCAAAGAUAAUCUAUGUGUGCCGUGACCCCAGGGAUGUGUGUAUCUCUUACUACUUCCAUUACGUUAAGUUAAAUGGCUACAAAAAGGAACUUUCAGAUUUUGUGGAGUUCUUUUUGGCUGACAUAAUGCCCUUUGCACCCUUCUGGUCACAUAUUCUGGACUUCUGGAGGAGAAGAGAUCAAGAAAACAUAUUGUUUGUGAGGUUUGAAGAUAUGAAGGAAGAUUUGCUGAGUGUGGUGCAGAAGGUGGCAGAUUUCCUGGGCAAGCAGUUGAGUGCAGAGGAAGUGAUAAGGAUUGCUGAUCAUUGUUCAUUUGGAAGCAUGAGCAAGAAUAAAGCAGUCAACAAUGAGACUUUGCCUGCUGCAGAAAAUGAAAAAGCUAAAGGACUCAAGUUCAUGAGGAAAGGAAAGGUGGGUGACUGGAAGAACCACCUGACAGACACCCAGAUCAAGGCCUUCAAGGAGUGGACAUUCAAACACCUGGAAGGAUCAGACUUCCCUUACUACCAGGACUAUGAGUGAACCCAACUUACUGCUGGAGUUGCUAUCGGUCUGUGAUCAAGCUAAAAGUUAUCACUAAUUAAAAAAUCCUGGAAGUGUUGCAUUGCCAGUAAUAAGAGAAAAAAAGUAGUAUAACAUGCCAGAACAAUUGCUCCCUGAAUCCUAAUGCAGGCUUUUCUCAAGCACCACCUAUCAAGGAGGGCAUUUACUUUUUUUUUCAUAUAGGAGGGGCACCAGCCAAGGGCAACAAAACUACAAUAAAAAAAAAGGGGGGGGGCGGCGGCCCAAUGAGGUGCCAGCUCCCAGAGUCGAAAGUGGUAGUCAAAAAUUACGAGUUGUCUUAAAACCUCCCUCUUAAAAAAGUUCAAGUCAUAGGAAGGUAGAAAUACAGAAGCAGGCAAGGAGUUCCAGACUUUACCUAAGAAAGGGAUGAAUGAUUGAGAAUACUGGUUUACUCUUAUAUUUGAGAGGUGUAGGGUCUACUGCCUCUGGAGGAGGCAGUAAACACCUGCCGAAACGAUAAUUACUCCCAGUGAGGUCUAAAGCACU